UUCUUCACCGCAGCCGUUGAGAUGUUAUCAUCAGUAUUCCGAGACUUGUUUUCCAUAGAGGACGACAUUGCUGAGUUGCUCUGUGCUAAACGCUCGCAUCAACCGAUUUUCUUUAAUCUCGCCAAACCGAUUGCAUAACCUAACUCAAUAUGCGCGAAUGUAUCUCAAUACACGUCGGUCAAGCCGGAAUCCAGAUUGGAAACGCCUGCUGGGAACUCUAUUGCUUGGAACAUGGAAUUCAGCCGGAUGGUCGUAUGCCUUCUGAUAAGGUAGCUGGUGGAGUCGAUGAUUCGUUCAACACUUUUUUUUCGGAAUGUGGGUCGGGCAAGCACGUCCCACGGGCGGUUUUUGUCGAUUUAGAACCCACAGUGGUGGACGAAGUUCGUACUGGAACUUACCGCGCACUGUUUCACCCUGAGCAGCUGAUUACUGGAAAGGAAGACGCUGCAAACAACUAUGCCCGAGGCCACUACACGAUAGGAAAGGAAAUCGUCGACGUUGUUCUUGAUCGUGUCCGCAAAUUAUCGGAUCAAUGCACCGGGCUUCAGGGCUUCCUUAUUUUCCAUUCCUUCGGUGGAGGCACAGGUUCCGGGUUUACUUCACUUUUAAUGGAACGCCUUUCGGUCGACUAUGGCAAGAAGUCGAAGCUGGAAUUCGCCAUCUACCCUGCUCCCCAGGUCUCUACUGCCGUCGUCGAACCCUACAACUCCAUCUUGACCACCCAUACCACUCUGGAACAUUCCGACUGCGCUUUCAUGGUCGAUAACGAAGCUAUCUAUGAUAUUUGUCGCCGUAACUUGGAUAUCGAGCGCCCAACCUACACCAACUUGAACCGCUUGAUCGGCCAAAUUGUCUCUUCCAUUACGGCUUCUCUGCGCUUCGAUGGCGCUUUGAACGUUGACUUGACCGAAUUCCAGACCAACUUGGUCCCCUAUCCUCGAAUCCAUUUCCCGUUGGUCACCUACGCUCCAGUCAUUUCGGCUGAGAAGGCUUACCACGAGCAAAUGACGGUGGGAGAUAUCACUAAUGCAUGCUUCGAACCUGCCAAUCAAAUGGUGAAAUGUGAUCCCCGUCAUGGCAAAUAUAUGGCCUGUUGCAUGUUGUAUCGCGGUGACGUAGUUCCCAAAGAUGUCAACGCAGCCAUUGCCACUAUUAAAACUAAACGUUCUAUCCAGUUCGUUGAUUGGUGUCCUACUGGUUUUAAGGUCGGUAUCAACUACCAGCCCCCGACCGUUGUCCCAGGAGGUGAUUUGGCCAAGGUUUCCCGUGCUGUUUGCAUGUUGUCCAACACUACCGCCAUCGCCGAGGCUUGGGCUCGCUUGGACCACAAAUUCGAUCUGAUGUACGCCAAGCGUGCUUUCGUCCAUUGGUACGUCGGUGAGGGUAUGGAGGAAGGUGAAUUCUCCGAGGCACGUGAAGAUCUUGCUGCUCUCGAGAAGGACUACGAAGAGGUUGGUAUGGAUUCCGUCGAGGGCGAAGGAGAAGGUGGCGACGAAUACUGAUUUCAACGUUACAUUUAACUUAUUGCCACCGAGAUACAAUUUAAUUAAUUAUUGCGGCAAGUGUACUUGUUUGCUUGUUCUUUGGUGUUCCACUUGCUCACAAGUCAAUAAAAAUUUGUCACUGGUAA